UUGGGCGGGCCGUGUGUACAAACAGCCCGGAGAUGGGCCGUUACGAUGCCUGCCAUGCCGCUGUCAUGUCUCAUGAAUCAUCCUGCAGCGCCAGUAGGCCAUGUGUGUUUACCUUGUCGGACCGUCCUGUACGGGGAAAUACCGGCGGCGAGCUCCAGUUUCACACACACACCCCACCGCGGAUUCCCCGAGGUAACCACACCAGCCAUUGCCAUUUUGGAUCGGGCUGGUCGCGGUGGACUACAGCAGUAUUACUCACGGUCAAGUGCAAGUUAAAUGGGCUGCGGGCACCUUGUUUGACCGGAGACGCAACCUGAGCGCCAUGGAUGUCUUCCGCAGAAUCCUGAACAUUUUCCUCCUGAUCCUCCCGGCUGUGCACGAGUUGCAUCCAACGAUAUUUGUCCACACCCAGUCUUCCGGCCAACCCCCCAGGGAAACAGGAGGCCCCUUCACAGAAAUACCAAGGUUUGUGGUAGGUGAGUGGAGCACCUGUAGCACCACCUGUGGGCCAGGUGUGCAGCGGAGACCAGUCAGGUGUAAGUUGUUCCUCCCGUUGUUCAAGACGGUUGUUGGAGACGACCUGCCCUUCUCCAGGUGUCCAGCCAUAAUACCCCCAAAUGAACAGCGGUGCAACCUGGCCCCCUGUAAUGCAGAUAUUAAUGUCAUCUCUCCCCUGUUCUCCACGGACAUCGCCCCUUCAUCCACUGUGCAGUUCACAUGGAGAUACGAGGGCUAUACACCCUGCUCUGCAUCAUGUAUCGGAGGUACCCAACAUUCCCUGUAUGUAUGUGUGCGGAGAGACAACAAUGAGAAAGUCGGGGUCUGGAAGUGUGCAGAUAUUCCCAAGCCUGCUCUCCUGACCCGUGACUGUAACGUGCUGGUUCCAUGUGGUGCCAGGUGGACAGUAGAGCCCAUAUCAGGCUGCUCGGCCACCUGUGGAGGAGGGGUGGAAGUGCAGAGGGUCACCUGUGUGAGGUCUCAGCUGGCCCACCGCCAGGCGACAGUCAGAGUUCGGGAGGAAGAGUGCCAGGAGCCCAGACCUCCUGCAGAGAUCAGCUGUAACGAUAUUCCAUGUUCCCCAGAAUGGAAUGUAGGACCGUGGGGAGAGUGCUCUGUGCCUUGUGGUCGUGGCAUAGAAAAGAGAGAUGUCCACUGUAGGGAAAAACAGGGCCGGGGGUACUACCUGGAUGUGGAGGAUUGGCGUUGUCACAUUUACAGCAAGCCUCCCUCGGAGCGCCCCUGUAAUGUCAGGGUCUGCUCGCUAACUGCUGCUUACAGCUGGCUGAUUGGGGAGUGGUUGGAGUGUUCAGCUACCUGUGGUGCUGGGUUCCAAUCCCGCAAUGUGGUCUGUCAAGGGGAGGAGGCAAUGGGAGUCAUGUAUGACCCCUCGGGGAUCAAGUGCAAGGGCGAGACGGAGCCCAAGUCCCGCCGUGCGUGCCCAGACCUCCCGCCGUGUACCAGCCGAGGCCGUCCCGUCCCACAGGGCCCUGUCCCACUCAGUCCUGUUGAACUCACGCCUGCGCAGGUGGCAAACAGAGUACUCGCUCAGACGGUAACACCGACGGAUGCGCUAUCCCCCAUCGGUCGUCCCAGCAUGCCCUCUCCAGAGGAACUGAAGGGCCCAGCAGCACCAGAGAACAUGAGUCAGCAAACAGCCAGCCCCGUCAUCUACGCCAACAAGUUCAAUUACAGCCAGACGGAGGAGGUGGAUACCAUCUUUCUGGAGAUCGGAAGUCACGCUGUUCUGUUUCCUCGCACAAAUAUCGUCAUUGAGUGCCCUGUGGAGAACUUUGACAAGUCAAAAAUAAGGUGGCAGCAGAAUGGGUAUGAUGUGGUACCGGGUGGCAGGCUGCAGAUUGAUGAGCAGAUGAGGCUGAGAAUCGACGGGAUCCGAGACUCGGACCAGGCCACCUACACCUGCGUGGCCGGGCCUGUCAACGACAGCUUCAUCCUGUAUCUGAAAGAACCUUCCUCAGCCCAGAGAGAGCAGCUCCCUAAGAUCUACCCCCGCCGGGCUAACUUCACCCAGAAGUCUUACAGCACCAUGGUACGUGUGUGGGUGGGGGCUGAUGCCUUCCUCUACCCAAACACACGAGUGGUCAUCAAGUGUCCGGUCAAGAACUUUCAGAGGUCACAGAUCAGAUGGCAGCAUGAGGGAGAGGAGAUCACCAAACUCAACAACGGAGUGAAGAAAAUGAGGAGUGGGGCCCUGUCCAUUAUGAAGAUGUCAGCCAUGCAGACGGGCACCUUCACAUGUAUGGCAGGGGCAGCCCGGGAGUCUGUCAGACUCCACCUGAUAGGUGGGAUAUCCAGCGAGACUAGUACAACUCCCAGCCCCACCAUCCAUGCACAGCCGAAGCCACAGGACCUGAAGGAGCCUGAGGUUCCUAGGCUAGCAGCCACAGUCCCCGAGAGGCAGCAGACUGGGCUAGGACAGCCUCCUGUCAUCUACAGGGAGCGCAUUCCUCCUAUGCUAAAGACUGAAGGCCAUGUGGUGGUGUAUGUUGGCAGCCCGGUGAUCGCAGCUAGUGUGGAGUCCAUCACCAUUCUGUGUGAGGUGCCCGGAGCCAAGCCCAGAAUCACAUGGACCAAAGAUGGGGCAGGCAUGCCCAACGAACCACGGUAUCAACUGUGGAGAAAUGGAUCCCUUACAAUCAACAAACCCAGACAUUCAGAUGCUGGUUCUUACACCUGCACAGCGACCAACGCAGCCGGCAGAGACUCAGAUACUUCACUAGUCAGUAUUGCAGAGGCCCCAGACAUUCUGUUCAGGAACAGGGAGGUGACCAACCUGGAGGAUGACCUUGUGUCUGUCACUGUAGGAGGGAAGGUCAAGGUCAAGCCUGGGGCCACUAUCACCAUCCACUGUCCUGUCAGGGGCUUUCCCAAACCCUUCAUUAAUUGGGACAAGGUGAAUGGGACACUGGAGAGAAAUGCCAACGUCCACCCCAACGGCUCCCUGACCAUCACAAACGCCUCAGAAGGUGACCAAGGGACAUACCGGUGUGAGGCUGGCAACCCAGGAGGAAAGGACAGGAGAGACUCAACACUGAUCCUGUUAGAGCACCCCCAUUUGGUGGAGGACCUACGAAUGCUGCCCCGUCUUGAUGCCCUGGUCAGUGCUAACGGAGGGGUCGUCGUCCUGACGGGCAAGAAGGAAAAGGACACCAUCGCCAGGAUGACAGGAGAGCAGCUGGCCAUUGCCUGUCCCAUCAAGGGGUUCCCCGAGCCCCCGAUCACCUGGCUGCACAACAACCGAGUGUUACAGCAGGGAGACCCUCGCAUCCUGCUGGUGGAGGAGGACCAUGUGGUCAGGAUAACCGCCAUCAAGAAGGAGGACAGCGGGCUGUGGAAGUGCCAGGGAGAGAACGACGCAGGAGCGGCCAGCGCUAACCUCACACUGUCCAUUUCUGGUUAUAGUUGGGUGCCCAGGGAGACCUCAGAGUGUUCAGCGACAUGCGGAAACACGGGAAGGUACUACCGCAUCCUCCGCUGCUUUAACGAUGACGUGCAGGUACCGGACACGUACUGUGACAACAUUCCCAAACCUGAGGUCGUUUACGAACCCUGCAACGUUGACGACUGUCCUCCAAGAUGGGCCACGUCCGGUUGGACAGCCUGUUCUGUGACCUGUGGGUCAGGAGUGGAGAGACGUGGGGUCCGGUGUGAGAGGGUCAUCUAUGACGGGAGACUGGAGCAGCUGGAUGAGUAUUACUGCGAGGUGUUAGAGGAAGCCCGACCCCUGGACUCCCGGGUGUGCAACAUGGGCUACUGUAACAACGAGCCGCCACGGUGGAACACCAGCGCAUGGUCUGCUUGUGAUGAAGUAUGUUUAAGACCGAACGUUGCUUACCAAGAACGGGAAGUUCUCUGUGUGGCCUCCAAUGGGACCGUGCUUGACUUCUCUGAGUGUAACCGUGCCACGCUGCCAGAGAGAAGACAGGAGUGUUACGCCCCGCGUUGUAAAGCCGUGUGGACAGCCUCUGACUGGGGGGAGUGCUCAGUGACAUGUGGACAGCACGGUCAGCAGACGCGAACCCUGACCUGUGUGUACCUGGGAACAGACAGGGAGGCAGAGAACGCCUGCGACGACAUGAAACAGCCGCCCAUGCUACAGAGGUGUAACCUCAUCCCUUGUGAUGCUGAUGAAUGCACCGACACAUCUAACUACUGUUCGCUGGUGCUGAAGUUACGUCUGUGCUCGGUGGCGAGAUACCAACAGGACUGCUGCGAGAGCUGCACAGGGCCAAGGGAGGUUGAGGGGGAGGGGGAGGAGGAGGAAGAAGAAGAAGAAGAGGAGGAGGAGCAGUAGGCACAGAGGAGGUCAUUUCUCAUCAUAGCAGAGACAAAUCAAUCACUAGUCAGCUUUUUAUGUUCAUUCAUCCUUUAACUAUAGAGAAGACAGGCAAUGCUAUAGUUUUGAGGCACAGACGCAACAGCAUCAUCUUAUGCCAAAAACCUGA